UUGAAGCCUCGAUACAGAGCGUCACAUCACUAGUAUUAACAGAAGUUCUGAAAAGUGCACCGACUUCCGAGAUAAACAGAUAUCAGCAUUGGAAGUCACAGAGAAACUGCAGAGAUGAAUAUUCACUUUAUUGCGGCGUUCUCCCUCUUAAGUCAUGUAGUAUCUCCAGUGAAACACUCCCUGAAGUUAAUUUUCAGUGAAUCAUCUGGAGUCCAAGACUUUGUGGGUGUCCUGUGGGCUGAUGAAACUGAGCUGGUGCACUGCAACACCAACCUCAACAAAGCAGAACCAAAACCAAACUGGCUUAAAGAUUUCAUGCAAAGCAAUCAAGAACACAACGACUUGUACACUCAAGAGUGUCUUCAUAGUAAACGUUUUUUUAAAGACAUAUUAAAUGUAUUGAGAAGGAGUUGCAGCCAAACUGAAGGUGUUCACACCCUUCAGAGAAUGUAUGGCUGUGAAUGGGACAAUGAGACUGAAGAGGUCAAAAGUUUUGAUCGAUAUGGUUAUGAUGGAGAAGACCUUAUGGAAUUUAACCAGGAGACACAGACAUGGCUCAUUUCAACUCCUUGUGCUAGCAUUGUCAAACACAAGUUAGACAAUCAGCAAAUUAGAAUAGCAGAUAUUAACCAUUACCUCACAAACGUGUGUUCUAAAUGGCUGAAACAGUAUCUGGACUAUGGAAAUUUUCUACAACGAACAGACUGGCCUUCAGUGUCUCUCCUCCAGAAGACUCCCUCCUCUCCAGUCAGCUGCCACGCUACAGGUUUCUAUCCUGACCGAGCCGUUAUGUUCUGGAGGAAAGAUGGAAAAAAACUUUAUCAAUUCACGGACCGUGAACAGAUAUACCCUAAUCAGGACGGGACGUUCCAAAUUAAUGUAGUCCUAAAACUUUCAUCAGUCACACCUGAGGACUGGUCAAGGUAUGACUGUGUGUUUCAGCUUUCUGCUGUCAAAGAAGACAUCAUCAUCAAACUGGACCAAAAAGUGAUCAAGAGUAACAGAGAUUAUUUAAUCUGUACAAGUCCCGAAGAGAACAAUGAUUAUUACAUCAAAGUUUCCGUGGGUUUUUUUUUUGUUCUGCUCAUCAUAGUCCUUGUUUUCAUCGUGUACAAGAUUACAGUUGACGAAAGCAAUCAAAAGAAAGACUUGGAGACUUUGAAGUACUCCCCCAUCGCUGCACUGGUUCUUGCUCUCAUCCUUUGUUGUUUAACUGGAGUUCACUUUUAUGAAACGAAUACUGGUAAGCAAACAAAACAUUUAACUCAAAUCUUCACAUUAUAUACAUUAUAUAAAUAGAACCUCAGGUCAGUACAAAAAUUAACAUUUGGUUGGUGAACAACACAACAUGACAUAUGUCAAUUCAAUUCAACUGUUUUCAUAUAGCACCAAGUCACAACAACACUCAGCCCGCUUUAUGUUGUAAGUCAGAGACCUCAAAAUAAUACAGAGGAAACCCCUAAAAUCUGUC